AUGGUUGUUCUUAAAGAGGGAAUAUGUCCUGGCUUGAACGAAGACAUGAUCAAGUCGUUGCAGGCAGCAGACAUUAGAACAGUCGAGGACUUUGUCUCUUCAGACACCGAGGACCUCGCCCAAAAAUGUUCACUGUCGUACAAGGCUCUCGUAGCCGUUCGACGAGUGCUCUUGGCUCAACACGCGGCCUUCCCUGUGUCAAGCGCAGACUUAUACGAGGAACUGCUGAGUUCAACUGCCAUCCUCUCUACGGGCAAUCCAAGUUUAGAUAAGCUGUUGGACACUGGACUGUAUACAGGAGAAAUAACAGAGUUGACUGGAGCUCCAGGAAGUGGAAAAACACAGGUGUGUUUUAGUGUGGCUGUGAACGUGGCUUAUGUGCUAAAGCAGAGUGUGAUGUUUAUUGACACAAACGGUGGCGCGUGUGCAAACCGUUUGCUUCAAAUGCUUCAGGCCAAAAGCAGCAAUAAGGCAGAGCAGAUGGAAGCGCUCGAGAGGAUCCGGGUAUUCCGAGUUUUUGACGUCUUCUCCUUGCUUACUUCUCUUCACGGUCUAAGAACGGACAUACAGCGCCAGGCAUCUGCAGGAGGAGGUUCUGUCAAACUUGUCAUAGUAGACUCAGUCUCUGCAGUGCUGGCUCACACACUGGGAGCAAAACAGAGUGAAGGUAUGUCUUUGAUGAUGCAAGUUGCAGGAAUGUUGAAGACAAUUGCAAAGGACUUCAAUAUUGCAGUGCUGGUGACCAAUCAUGCGGUCCGAGACGGAAACGGCCGGUUCAAAGCCGGAUUGGGUCAGUCCUGGAGUCACGUCCCAAGGACCAGGGUACUGCUGCAGCCCGUGGAAAGUCCCGGAAACUCAUCCCGUAGCUUGCGUAGUGCAACUUUGACAAAAUCGUCCAGACAGGCUUGUCAUCAGGUGGAAGUGUUUGACCUGAGUAGUUCGGGAUUGUCUGAGGAUAAAGGGAACUCAGGCAAGAGGAAACUGGAUGACCUCAAGCUCUAG